GGUGAACACGUUGCUCAGUGACUGGUUUACGUCUGGUCAAACGGCGGCAGUUGCAAGAUGCGGCUUUUCUUUUUAUUUCAGUACCUACUUUUUCUUUCCUGUUUUGUUUUCUUUACUAGGGAAGCGGCCGAUUAUUUGUGUCAGUCUGCACUGGAGGAUGUGAGUUAUUUUACACUGUUACUGAGGAAGAUACUAACUUUAUUCAAUAGUUCAUACUACACAGUCCCGUAUCCGUGUUUACUACACGAAGCUCUAGAAUUCCCCUUGAUGCUAUUGAUCAGAAUAGUGUUUGCCUACACUUGUACCCUUGUGGUUACUCUAGGAGUUAUUUUUCUUGAAUGGAUAGUUGUCAGAGCCAGCCACGAAUGCACGUGCUUGCCAUAAACUCUGUAAUCGUGUACCAUGUGAAUGUAACUUUUGUUUUUAAUAAAAUAAUUUCUCAUA